GUAAUUUUGGGUGUUACAAUAUCAACUAACAAGAAAAGUGGUGUAUUUUUUGUGACUUCUCUGCGAGCAACAGCCAAGACCUUAUACUCCGAUGACCCAUCCUUGCGCAUCAGAUUGACGUGCUCUUGCACUUGCCUUGCUCCACGAUCCAUGCGACGGCGGUGAUUUGAUUAUAUGUUGUUUAAUCAUUGAACUAAUCUUUAGAGUUUGAAUAUCUGAAGUAAGAUUCUUCUUUCGGGAAAGAUAGCGAAGCUGUUAUUAUAUUCAGCCCAGAAGCAUCCUCGCUGGGUCCUUGAAGAACACUUCAUUUCUCUGUUACGAUCAUGUAAGACAGUUGCGCUGCUUCAGAAAGUUCAGGCCCAGAUUAUUACCCAUGGUUUUCAAUACAAUGGAUAUGUAGCUCCCAAUGUGGUAACUUCAUGGGUUGGUUUGAAGCAAAUGGCUCAUGCUCGCCAUCUGUUCGAUCAUUUUCCCGACCCAAAAGUAGAGCUUUGGAAUGCGAUAUCCAGAGGGUAUUUCCAUAACGCGUUUUACAGGGAAGUGGUUUUCUUGUUUGGGAAAAUGAAGAGCAUGGACGUGAGACCCAACUGCUUCACAUUUCCUCUUGUCCUCAAAUCUUGUGCGAAGAUCGGAGCAUUUGUGGAAGGUGAAGAGAUACAUUGUGAGGUGAUUAAGGGAGGUCUUGAAGGGAACCAAUUUGUGGCUACUACGCUGAUCGAUGUGUACUCUGGUGGGAGGGCAAUUGGGUCUGCGUACAAGCUGUUUGUUGGAAUGCUGGAGAGAAAUAUAGUUGCUUGGACUUCCAUGAUUAGUGGCUACAUUUUGUGUAAUCGUGUGGCACUCGCUCGAAGACUUUUUGACUUAGCACCGGAACGUGAUGUUGUGCUGUGGAACAUUAUGGUGUCUGGUUAUAUCGAAAUAGGGGAUAUGAAAGCUGCCAGAAAGCUGUUUGAUACAAUGCCAUACCGAGAUACGAUGUCUUGGAAUACAAUGCUGAAUGGUUAUGCCAAUAAUGGGGAUGUUGAGGCUUGUGAGCAGCUGUUUGAGGAGAUGCCUGAGCGGAAUGUUUUCUCCUGGAAUGGAUUGAUUGGAGGAUAUGCUCAUAAUGGGUGUUUCUUUGAAGUAUUGCGUUGUUUCAAACGGAUGCUAAUAGAUGGCCUUGUUGUUCCCAAUGAUGCCACCCUUGUCACUGUUCUAUCUGCUUGUGCAAGAUUAGGAGCUCUUGACUUGGGAAAGUGGGUGCAUGUAUAUGCUGCGACAAUUGGGUUUAAAGGAAGCAUUUAUGUUGGAAACGCAUUGAUAGACAUGUAUUCAAAAUGUGGUUUGAUAGAGAAUGCAAUGGAAGUUUUUGAAAGCAUGGAUUUAAAAGAUCUUAUUACUUGGAACUCUAUGAUUUGUGGCUUGGCAACCCAUGGAUGUGGGGCAGAUGCAUUAACUUUGUUUCACCAGAUGAAGAUCAAUGGCGAAAAACCAGAUGGAAUCACCUUCAUCGGGGUGUUGUGCUCCUGUACCCAUCUUGGGUUAGUUGAAGAAGGCACCUCUUAUUUCAACUCAAUGGUCAAUGAAUACUCAAUUGCGCCUCAGAUUGAGCACUAUGGUUGUAUGGUUGAUCUAUUUGGCCGAGCAGGUCUUUUGGACCGAGCAAUUGAGUUUGUGAAGAGGAUGCCAAUGGAAGCAGAUGCUGUCAUCUGGGCUGCUCUACUAGGUGCAUGCAGGAUUUACAAAAAUAUAGAUUUGGCGGAGUUAGCUCUUCAAAAACUCAUUGUGCUUGAACCCAAAAACCCUGCAAACUAUGUCUUGCUAUCAAAUAUUUAUGGAGAUCUUGGUAGAUGGAAAGAUGUUGCACGGUUGAAGAUUUUAAUGAGGGAUACCGGGUCUAAAAAAUUGCCAGGAUGUAGCUUGAUUGAGGUGAAUGAUAGCGUUGUUGAGUUUUAUUCUUUGGAUGAAAGGCAUUCUCAGAGCAAGGAAAUCUAUGGAGUCUUAAAGGGAUUGAUGAAAUUGUUAAGAUCAUUUGGGUAUGAACCAAAUAUGAUGGAACUCCUGCAGGGAUCAUGAGAACCAAAGGGCCACAUGGAAAUGCCUUUUGAGUGUCCGAGAUGGUGUCUUAUGUAGCUGCAAUUUCUUUCCAUACUGGUUAUACUGCUGUAUCAACUAAUAUUUAAUUUAACCUCAGCUCUGUUCAUGGUGCCGAACUAAUCUAACUACAAACUAAUAUUUAUUGAUUGCAGUCUUGGAAGCUAUUAAAACUUCCAACUGCUGUUUGUAAUCCUGUGAUUGAUUUUCAGAUACCCGCCCUCAGUAGAAAUAAAACUCUCUCAAUCUUCAUUUUGCUUUCACUUUUUUGAAUCAUUGUCCUGGAGUUCGGCCUCAUCGAACCUCGUCUAACUACUUGACUUUAUCUGAAUACUUUUCCUAAUUUUAUUUUUCUUCUCACACCUAAUGCGCAGAGUUGAGAUAUUUGAUUUUUA